UUUAGAUAUGUAGAGAGUACAUUAUGACAAUAAUAUACUCGCUACAUAACUCCCCCUUCCAGGGAGUGAAAGAAAAUAAAUACAACACAAAUACGAGUCAUAAGAGUUGUGACACGAGGCAUAAUAUACUCGCUACAGUUUGAGUGGAGGAGAGUUCUUCAACUUGCUUCGAGGUCUUUAAUGGUGGAUUCCUAUAAUGGUUAUCCCUGUUGAUUCACCAAAAACUAUGAAACGUAAUUGAUUUUACCACAAUAACAGGAAUUAAACAAGUGACAGCACAUAGGCCUGUACGGCGGAUUUCUUUCAAUUAAGGUUUUCUGCAAGUGUCAGAAAGUAUGAUAUACACAAGAGAAUCGGUAAUGGCCCUCAUCGAGGAAAAGGAGAAACUAGAACAAACGCUGAAAGAACUGUGGGAUGUCCUGAAAUCAAAUAAUGUGGGCAUGACUGAACCAGUAAUUGACAGUGAAGGUUACCCUCGGUCGGACAUUGAUGUUUACCAAGUACGGCAUGCACGGCACCAGAUAAAAUGUUUGCAGAAUGAUCACACGGCCCUACUACGGCACAUUGAGGAAGGCCUAGCUGUUGUUCUCAGCCCAUCCAAUGUAGAGGCUAUGGAUCCCAAUGGUGUCAGUGUUUCUCCUCCAACUCCAUCUCGUGAACCAUUUGCUAGAGUAGAUUACAUUGCUCUUGGCUCACCAGCAAGUAUAGCAGGAGUUGAAGAGAAGGACUUGGUGACCCAGUUUGGAUCCAUCACAAGUGACAACUUCCGCAGCAUGGCCAACUUGUCCCAGGUUGUGCAGCACUCUGUUAAUUCACCCAUCCAGGUUAUUGUGAUCCGCAAUGAGCAAAGCAUCACCCUCUCCCUCACUCCUCGUCAGUGGUCUGGUCGUGGUCUUCUUGGGUGCAAUAUUGUUCCCAUCGAGAAAUUAGACCGAUGAGAGAAUCGUCAGAGGUGUUACCAUGCUGGAAGCAAUUAACUCCUACAGAUUUGACUGCUUUUUGUGUGAGGAAUGUCUUUUUUGUUGUAAGGUAAAGGAUAUACAGUACUCUGUACUUUUGUGGUUACUACAGAUAAAUUGGAUGAAUGAUGACCAAACCAAACGUCAGAAGGUGGAGAAACGACGAUGUUUCGGUCCGUCCUGGACCAUUGAUAAUGGUCCAGUACGGAUCGAAGUGUUAUCGUUUCUCCAUCUUCUAAUGUAUGGUUUGGUCAUCACAUCUUCAACCACAUUAUUGUGACUUGUCUUCUGCAUUGUAUUGAAUCACAUCCUGGAAAAGUAUAUGUUUAGUCGUAUUAAAGCAUAUUUUGCUUUGAUACCCAUUGUAUUAUAUUGCACAUCAGUGGUGUUGUGGUGCUUUUACAAUGGAUUUAUUUUUAUGUAAAUGGAAGAUAUCUAUAAGCACUUAGAGAUAGUCAAAAUUUGGCAUGGUUGGCAGUAAUUGGUUUUUACUGUAACGUCAUAAAUAAUUUGCUUUACUGAAUUUCCAUUUGUUACCUCUUUGUUGAAUUGUAUUGCUUGCAGUGAGAAAUACAGUAGGGGAAUCUCUACUUCCUCAAUCUACAACAGCACCUCGGAUUGUGAACUUGGCAUAACAAAAUGAAAGCUUUGAAGCUUUCAUCUUGUAUCAAAACUGUUUUGAAAUACAGUAUAGACAAAAGCUUAAGAUACUUUCAUGUAUUCAGUUUAAAAUGUUAUGACUCAUUAAAUAUUUGAUCAUUUAAAAUAAAACCAUAAAUCAACCAA